AGCGGAGCUCGCCUUGGAAGGGACCAUUCACUGUCCGAGUCCAUAGACGCGGCAAAGUGGGGGCGCAGUCUAUUCCUCCUAAAUCUGCCCGUACCAGCAGUGUCAGUUCGACGAGAGCUGAGUGAAUUUCAGGUCUGCAAGACUGUGUACGCCUGGCUUCCGUCAAACUUUGGGUCUUUUACUCACGUUUCUACUCUGUGCACACAGUGACCGUGUCCUUUGUUUCGCUGUCAAGCAAAGCAUCGGUUUCUCGUUACAAACCCUGUUUCAAGGAGACCGGGGGCAAAACACACCGGUCCAAGGGUAAGCUGUGAGUCCAUUGCGAUCUACCCGGGGACUGAUACGGAGUAAUUUGGCUGUCGAUGUGGAUAGCACAGAGAAACUGGAAUUACUUUAACUUUAUACUGAACUGCUUCAUUGCAUUUUCUGGCACUUGCUGAUCUAAACCUUCGUUGCCGUUUGGAAAAAACUGGAAUUUGGAGACUUUACCUGGUGUUGUUUGCAGAUGCCCAGAGCCUGGCGCUGGGGCGUGUGGAGUAGUGAGCAGUGCCUGCCGGCUCCCCAUGGCUCUCCCUGCGGCAGGAGCCCCCGUGGUCCCCGCGCCCACCCCAGCCUCAGCCUCAGCCUCAGCCUCAUCCGCAGCCCCUUCCCCAGCCGCAGCUCUGCUCCCAUCCCUGGCCCGCUUCCUGCCCCUCCUGCUGGGCAUACAGCUGCUGCUGCUGCUCCCGCUGCCCACCCUGGGUGGCGCCGCCGUGGGCAGAGGGCUCAGAGCGCCCGCAGCCUUGGCCUCCGGAGCGCCAGACUCCCCCUGCCACAGAGCUGAACACCCGCUCAUCUCACACACAGACAUUGAGCCGUGGAUCCACAGGUUCUCCUCUAGGGGCACGGUGGAUUACUCACAGCUGACCUUUGACCCCGGCCAGAACGAACUGAUUGUCGGAGCAAGAAAUCAUCUCUUCAGGCUUCGUUUGGAGGAUCUCGCAUUGAUCCAGGAGGCUGAGUGGCACUGUGAUGAGUUCACCAAGGGAGCCUGCUUCAGCCGCGGCAAGUCGGAGGAGGAGUGCCAGAACUACAUCCGUGUCCUUCUGGUUAAUGGAGACCGGCUCUUCACCUGUGGCACGAACGCUUUCACCCCCAUUUGCACCAAUCGAACGCUGACCAACCUGACGGAGAUCCAUGACCAGAUCAGUGGUAUGGCCCGCUGCCCCUACAACCCCCUGCACAACUCCACCGCUCUCAUCACCUCCAGCGGAGAGCUGUACGCCGCCACCGCCAUGGACUUCUCCGGCCGGGACCCCGCCAUCUACCGCAGCCUGGGGGGGCUGCCGCCGCUGCGCACCGCCCAGUACAACUCUAAAUGGCUUAAUGAACCCAACUUUGUGUCGUCAUAUGACAUUGGCAACUUUACGUACUUCUUCUUCCGGGAGAACGCGGUGGAACACGACUGCGGCCGCACAGUGUUCUCGCGCGUGGCACGCGUGUGCAAGAACGACAUCGGCGGGCGGUUCCUGCUGGAGGACACGUGGACCACCUUCAUGAAGGCCCGGCUGAACUGCUCACGGCCCGGAGAGAUCCCCUUCACCUACAACGAGCUCCAGGGCACCUUCUUCCUGCCUGAGCUGGAGCUGCUCUACGGCAUCUUCACCACCAACGUGAACAGCAUCGCGGCGUCAGCAGUGUGUGCCUUCAACCUCACCGCUGUCACCCAGGUGUUCAGCGGGCCCUUUAAGUACCAGGAGAACUCGCGCUCGGCGUGGCUACCCUACCCCAACCCCAACCCAGACUUCCAGUGUGGCACCAUAGACUACGGCUCGUACGUUAACCUGACGGAGCGGAACCUGCAGGACGCUCAGAAGUUCAUCCUGAUGCAUGAGGUGGUGCAGCCCACUCUGCCUGUUCCGUACUUCAUGGAGGACAACGUGCGCUUCUCCCACGUGGCUGUGGACGUGGUGCAGGGCAAAGACAUGCUCUUCCACAUCAUCUACCUCGCCACAGAUUACGGCACCAUAAAGAAGGUGCUGUCCCCAGUCAACCAGUCGAUGGGCAGCUGCCUUUUGGACGAGAUUGAGCUCUUCCCUGAGCGCAGGAGGCAGCCCAUCCGCAGCCUGCUCAUCCUUCACAGCCACAGCGAGCUCUACGUCGGGCUCCGGGACCAGGUCAUCAAGGUGCCACUGAUGCGCUGCACUUUCCACAAGAACAGAGAGGCCUGCAUUGGCGCGAGAGACCCCUACUGCGGCUGGGACCUGGUGUUGAAGAAGUGCACUACACUGGAGGAGAGUCUCAGCAUGAGCCAAUGGGAGCAGAGCAUCACCGCGUGCCCCGUGAGGAACGUGACGGUGGACGGAGGCUUUGGCCCGUGGUCAGGGUGGAAGCCGUGUAGCCAUAGCGACGGGGGCAGUGUGGGAGCGUGUGCGUGCAGGACGAGGGCAUGUGACAACCCCAGUCCCAAGUGUGGCGGCCGAGAUUGUGAGGGCCUCAGUGUGGAGGUCGCCAACUGCUCCAGAAACGGCGGCUGGACCCCGUGGACGGCCUGGGCACCCUGCAGCACCAGCUGUGGCAUCGGCUUCCAGGUGCGCCAGCGAGCGUGCAGCAACCCCGCGCCACGCCACGGCGGCAGGGUGUGUGUGGGACAGAACCGCGAGGAGAGGUACUGUAAUGAACAUUUGCCCUGCCCACCUCAUGUGUAUUGGUCAGCCUGGUCGCCAUGGGAACGGUGUUCGGUGCCGUGCGGAGGGGGCAUUCAGUCUCGCAGGAGAACGUGUGAGAACGGCAACGAGUGUCCAGGGUGCAGCCAGGAGUACCAGUCCUGCAACACCCUCCCCUGUCCUGAUCUGAAGAAGACCACUCCAUGGACGCCCUGGACCCCGGUCAACAUCUCGGACAACGGCGGCCAUUAUGAGCAACGCUUCCGCUACACCUGUAAAGCGCGUGUGCCCGACCCCAACCUGCUGGAGGUGGGCAGGCAGCGGAUCGAGAUGCGCUACUGCUCCAGCGACGGCUCCACUGGCUGCUCCACUGAUGGUGAAAUCCUGCGCUCUGGCCGUAUCACAGGCCUGACGUUGAAUGGCGGCUGGUCGGCGUGGGCCUCCUGGUCCCAGUGUAGCCGAGACUGCAGCCAGGGCAUCCGCAGCCGCAAGCGCACCUGCACCAACCCCAAGCCCAAGUACGGAGGCCUCGCCUGCCUGGGGCCUGCUCAGGAGUACCAGGAGUGUAACAUGACACCCUGCCCAGUGGAUGGGGGCUGGUCGUGCUGGUCACCUUGGUCCAAAUGCUCCGUGACGUGUGGAGGAGGGCACUACAUGCGCACACGCACCUGCAGUAACCCCCCACCGGCCUACGGAGGAGACAUCUGCCUUGGACUGCAUACUGAGGAGGCGCUGUGCAACACACAGGCGUGUCCAGAGAGCUGGUCGGACUGGUCCGAGUGGACCCGCUGCGACGCCCAGGGUGCCCAGGGUGCCCAGAGCCGCCUGCGCCACUGCGACGUCCUCUUCCCCACGGGCAACCAGUGCUCGGGCAACAGCAGCGAGACGCGGCCCUGCCCGCCCGACUCCAACUUCAUCCCAGAAAUAUCCAUCGCUCGCUCCAGUCAGGAUGACCGGCGGUGUGGAGACUUUAACGUGUUCCACAUGAUCGCAGUGGGACUGAGCAGCUCUAUAUUAGGUUGCCUGGUGACUUUGCUGGUGUACACCUACUGCCAGAGAUAUCAGCAGCAAUCCCACGAUGCAACGGUGAUCCACCCAAUCUCGGCAGCACCCCUGAACACCAGCAUCACCAACCACAUCAACAAGCUGGACAAGUAUGACUCUGUGGAAGCCAUUAAGGCAUUCAAUAAGAAUAACCUGAUACUGGAGGAAAGAAACAAGUACUUCAACCCUCAGCUUGCCGGAAAAACAUACACCAACGCAUACUUCACAGACGUGAAUACCUACGACGACUAUUAAAGGGAUUACAUGUGACCAGUGCUGUUUGGACGGAUACCCAAGUAUCUGCAUCACCAUCACCAUCACCCAUCACCUCAUGCUUACUGUAGUAGAUUUGUCCUUCUGUUUUUUUUUGUGCUUUUUUGUGGUCUUUUAUGAGAUGUGAGAAACCUUCAAUGUGGGACCAUGUUACUGACCUCUGCCAGCCGACGCGUAUUCAAUACUGUGAGACUCGCAUCCACACCAACUGGGCAAGUUAGUGUGGAAGUUCGACGUCAGUUAGUGUCUCUUCAGGUGCCUCUGGGAGUUCUCCAGGAGUAAACUACCGCUGAGAAUACUCGCUGUUCAGCUCUCACUCGCAUACCGGACAGAGGCAAAACCCUGGAAUGAAGUUUUUUUUUUCUCUCCAGAAAAAAAAAUCUAAAUAAAAUGAACUUGAAGAGGGAAUAAUCACUGUUUUGAUCCCUGUGAACUAUAUGGAGCCUGACUAAAUAAAACGAUAAACUAAAAUGUCCUUUUUGUCUUUAGCGGAUGAUGACGCCACAGGAGUGCUUUGCAUGACUUCAUCGGAUGUGUCCUCGGUUGCUUCAUGUCUUUGCAUGGUUGAUCGCAUUCCAGUGUCUGGGGCCUUGUCAUCCUGGAGACAGCUCUGUCUGUUUGUGCUGAGUCAGCAAGCCCCUGUGCCUCGCUGAGGACCCCUCCGGGGUGCCCAGCGCUUUUGCCCGCCCAGAAAGAAGAGUUUGGCCGAGCCAGACUUAGUCAGACAAUCAUGGUGUAGAUACAGUACUAAGGGGGGCGCUGGCUAGUUCUGCUCUGUAGCCAAUGGAGGCUCUUGUUAAUUGAAAUUUGAUGGUUGAAAUAUCAAUGUUUUUGUUGUAUAGUGAACUCACUACGAACUGUAUGUCUGUUGUAGCUUUCUUCAGUUUUAACCAUUAAACUACAGGUUCGUUUGACCAUCGUAACUCAUUCAUUCAAGUCACUCACCUUUGGACUGUAUACAGCGUGAGCUGAAAGUGUGAAACCGUAUAUGAAUAUUUUUCCUUAACAUUUUGAGUAUUACAAGCACAUGGCAAUGUUACAUAGCUUGUUGACAGCAUAGUAAUUGUGCUACACUUGAAAAAGGUGCUCUUUAACACAAGCUAAUUGAUAAUUAUGCCAACUGUUUUUAUUCUUUACUUUGAGAAAAAAAAAAGAAAACCUCUAUCAAAAAAUUACUUUUCUGUUAUAGAACUAAAUAUUCAAUGCUACAUGUUUACUAUUUCUACUAAUUCCGCUUUUGUUUUGUUCUGUUUUGUUUUUACCUGUAAGUUUGGUUCAGCUCGUUUUCAAUGUGCAUAAAUUAAACUCGCUUCAUAUACUU